AUGGCGACGACUCCGAUCGCUGGCAUUGCGCAGCUCCAGCAGCGACUUUCAGAGCUGGCCCCCAAGCUUGCGCCGCAGCCGAUGCCCAAGUUCCAGCCGACGCAUUCGAAGGCGACGGUCGGCAAGACGGCACAUGUCGCUCGUGGCCUGGACCUGCUCAUGCUUAUGUGUGCGACCCAAGCGCAGAAGGAAGAGGUGUUGGAGCUUGUUCAGAAGUUCAACAAGUCUCCCGAGUCGGACGAAGUCGCAAUCCUCGGCGCAUUCGACGCAGCCACCAACGCCUUCAACCUCACGAAGGCCACUUAUUUAAGCGAAACGCCAAUGCUCGUGCACAACUUUGUCGAGCUCGUUGAGCUGCAAGUCGAAGACCCCGAGGCGGCCGCAGAAGCCAUUGAUACACUGCUUAAAUCGAACGGCCAUGACGUGUCGCAACGCUCGAUUGCCGAAGAGUGCUUGUCCGUCGCAUAUGCUCUCCACACGCUUCUCCGCGCGUUCCCGAGCAUCCCAUUUACCAUCCAGGGCUCACCAGUCGAGAUCGACGAAACUACUGAAGUCCUCCCGCUCUUCCUUCCUCUCUUUGCUGCCCCGGAGAAGACCAAGGCGGUGCACACGAAGAGCAAGACCGCGACCAAGAAACGCAAGCAGCCGAACAAGAACAUGGCCGAGCGGGCGGCCGAAGGUGAGCGACAGCGCCGCCUCGAUGAGCACAAGGACGAGGACGACCAAGCCGCUAUCGUUCGUGAAAUCAACAUCGAAUACGCGGUGACUGUCAUGGAGGCCGAACGUCAACGACGCAUUUGCCAAGACACCUUGACAGAAGUGCACAAGCAAAUGCUGCGGGCAAAAUCGAUCAAGGACGUGACGAAGCUCGUUGAAACCGAGCGAUCGCGCCGCGUCAGUGCUGAUCGGCUAACUCGGGUCCACGGCGAGCUUGCACCAACGCUAUCCAAGAAGGGCGUUGUCGAUCCGAUGGAGGCUGGGCACAUUCGCCGCAUGAGCCAAGAGAGCAUCUCAAUAGUUCACAACGAGCUGCCGUGCACCAAGACGCAAACAUGA